AUCCGCACCCACUUUUGAUAAAAUCAAAAGCCUUUUCCUUUCUUAAUUCCUAGGUUUCUUGCAAAUGGCCCAACUCCAACUCCCACUGCCGCUCUCAGUCUCUGCUCCUCCUCCUCUUCUUCCAUCCUCCUCCUUCCCCUGGCUUUGACUCUUCUCCUGAACAUUCCAAGAGUUUACGGUUGGCCCCAUUGGAUGCCGAAAGAGGAGGAGUUAGAGUGUGAAGAAGAGCCUGGGACUAUGUUCCGGGACGACGACCCCGACAAAAGCAUUAAGAAACAUGUUAUCCUGUCAAUCGGUUCUCAUGAUUCAACUGACCAGGACACGGAUAAAAAACCUAAGGAUGCAGAUUACUCAGUGCUCACGCCUCCGCUCAGCCACGAAAUAGAGGUUUCGAUACUGGCUCGGGUCCCCCGGUCGGAGUACUGGAGGAUCUCGACUGUGAACAAGCGGUUUCUGUCCCUUCUGAGGAGCGGGGAGAUCUACAGUCUAAGGAGGGACAUCGGGGUCAGGGAGCCAUCUGUAUUUGUGCUGGCGAGCGGGGAGAGCAGCUGGUGGGCGUUUGAUCGGCGGUUCAGGUCCUGCCACAAGCUCCCAAUCUUGCCCUCGGACUGGAGCUUCGUCUUGGGGGACAAGGAGACCCUAUCCGCCGGGACUCAUUUGAUCGUCUCAGGGAAGGAGAUGGACGGGCUAGUCAUCUGGAGGUACGAGUUGGCCGAGAACAGGUGGUUCAAAGGUCCUUUGAUGAACAACCCGAGAUGCCUGUUUGCCUCCGCCACUUGUGGAAACUACGCAUUUGUGGCGGGUGGGAUCAGAGCAGAUGGGAAACGGGAGGUGCUGAAAACUGCUGAAAGAUAUGACCCCGAAAGCAAGUCAUGGGAUCGCCUCCCAAGCAUGAUCAAGAAGAGGCAGUACUGCUCUGGCUGCUACAUGGACAAGAAAUUCUUUGUGAUCGGGGGAAAGAAUGAGGAGGAUCAGGCCCUGACCUGCGGGGAAAUGUUCGACGAGAGCAGGAACAAGUGGGACCUCAUCCCUGACAUGCUGAAGGGCUCGCCCAUCCCGACCUAUCACUCGCCGCCACUCAUUGCUGUCGUGAACGACAACCUCUACACCCUUGAGACGUCCUCCAAUGAGGUUCGGGUUUAUAUGAAGGAGAGCAACUCGUGGAGGACCCUGGGACCGGUGCCUAUCAGGGCAGACUCCAAUAAGGGUUGGGGGGUGGCCUUCAAGUCCCUGGGGAAUGAGCUGCUUAUCAUUGGGGCAUCCUCGAUUUCCUAUACAGGGCAUGGGAUGAGUAUAUUUACUUGCUUACCGGACCUGAACGCGGUGCAACUGCACUGGCGGCCCCUCGAGUCUUCCAUGAACCGCCGGUCGAGUCACUUCAUCCGGAACUGCUGUGUUAUGAUUGCUUGACAGAGUUUAUCAACUGAUGUGAGUAAACCCAGAAUAAGAGGCUCCGUCCUCAUAUGAUGAACGGAUAGGAAAGCUUUGAUAUAUGGUUUAAGUGCGAUUCCAGUAGAUAUGUGCUGAAUUAAUUGUUACUUCUUGGUGUGUAACUGAUAUAUAUCCUCGAACUUACGAGUUAUCUUUUAUAAUCAUUCUUCCAUGUUGGUCCAUGUUCGGAGACCAGGUCUAAUGUUUGCAGUGAAAUGUGAAAAUGGUUGGAUGAAUUCAAUUA